AAGGCUGACUGACAAGUGUGAAAGUGUACUUAUUAGCUAGAUUAUUUUUUUAUUCAAGUUAUUUGAAUUAAUAAGUAGGUAAACUUAUGGAUGAGAAAAAUAAUAAGAAUUUAGUUUCUGUUAUUAAAAUUAUUCAAAUAAAAGAGCAGGUUAAAGACACUUCGGAAGAAAAACUAAAUGAGAUUCAAGCGAUUCACAAAAAAUAUGGUUUAGAAAGUUAAUAUUUACCCGUGACGUAUGAUGUUGUGCAUCUUGGAACUUUGGAAGACCAGUGUAAUAGCUAUGUCAUGCCACGAAUAUUUAGAGGCGAAAACAGCUGAUCUUUUAUUUGUAGAUGAGUAACACUAAUAAUGUUCUCAACAAAAGUUCAUUCGUGUUUGAAGUAUACAUGAUCAUACGAAGAAAUGUCAACUUUUGAUUUGCAAACAGGUUUAUCGUGCGAUAAUUCCUCUAAAAAACGCAAUCAAUUCGUUCAUAAAAACCACGAGAGUUGGAGGGUGGAUUAUAUAGAGUGAAUUUGCUAUUUUCUAUCAAGAAUAAAAAAAAAUUUGAUGCAUUAUUGCACAUUGGAGAAUGAAGUAUAGUGUGAUUUAACGGAUUCUGCAAUUUGAAGUCAAAGAUGGCACGAAUACAAACCUCGAGUUCUGAUGAUUUGCCAAAACAUUUCAUUUCUGCGAUGCGAACGCUUUUUGAUAUCAUGGAUGAUCAAAGAACCGGCUUUGUGAAGUUCUCGGAUAUUGAAGGACGGUGGCAGGACGAUGGUACCCAGGGUCUACCAAAAGGUGUUCUCGAGAGUUUGAAAAAAGUAACUCCAGCCAAUGGAAUGCUAUCUUUCGAGAGAUUCUGUGCCGGUUUAAAAAUUUGUCUCUUGCACAUUCGGGUCGAAAACGAUGCGAAGAACCAGGAUUCCCAACCCAAGAGGCCACCUUCUGCUCCAACUCUCGCCACCGAGGAACAGACAAAAGCCGCCUGGACCUCCCCAAAUACAGCAGCUAUAAGACCCAACAAUGUCAUUUCUCAACAGCGCACGCUCAGCAUGCCACAAUUAUUGCCAGGGCGAAAGGAGGGAAAUCCACAACUAGAAAAUGUAGACCCAAAGAAUUAUCUUGAGCCCAAAAUGCCAAAAGCCUAUGGCCCACCGAAACCUUCUCGUCCCAGUGCCAUUGUCGACGGAAGGACCUUAAAUCCGGAGAGAAAUUUCGACAAAUCGGAGAUUCGUACAGUUCUCCAGAAUUGGCAAAUGGGACUUUUAAUGGGCGAUGAUAAGGCUUUGGAUAAGCGACAGGUGCCUAAUAAGUAUCGUACCGAUUCCAGAACGGUUUUAAGACCAGCUCGACAUUUGGGCGACGGGAAUGUAGUGGAAUUGCAGAAUAGUCAGGUUGAUCUCCAGGCGAAAAAGUCACUCGGUCGUCGCAGAGAACCGAGGCGACACACGUUGCAGAAUGGUAUUGAUUACAAUAUGAUGAAAAGAAUGAAACAAAUUGAGCAGGAAAAGGACGUUUUGAUCCAGGGCCUUGCGGCUGUCGAUAGAACCCGGGAAUGGUAUCUGAAGCAAAUUUCGAUAUCGCAGGAAAAAAUUAAGCACCUUGGAAGAAUGGGCUCUCACGUGGAGCAAUGGACAGAGGCGCAGCAGGAACGUUUGGAAUUGCAAAGGGCACGAGUUCUCGAAGUGAAUCGACACCUUGCAGCUCUGAUAAGUACCUGGGAACGAGGCGGGCUUCCUCUUCACAUGAAUCUUGCGUUUUUAAGCACUCCGUCAAAUGCGCAACAAAACCAAGACAUGUUUUCGAGAUUGAAGCAACAGAACCAUAAAUUAAAUGAGGAAGUGAGCAAAAAGAGUCAGCGAAUCGCCCUUUUGGAACAAGAGAAGGACAACCUGAUGCGAGAACUUUACAAUAGACAAUCUGGAAUGGUUCAGUCGCGAAGGUCAACAAUGAUACACGAGCAGCACGAUCAAACAUUCAUAAUUUAAUGGAAAGGGCGGUAUCGACGAGAAAAUUCUUGACGGAAUACCAGACUCUUGUCUUCCGACGAAGAUUGAUUAGGAUACAUUUUUUUAUAAUCGAGUGUAUAAAAUAUGUUAUGAAUUUAUUGUAAAAGUUAUAUCUAUAUUUUAUAGCAACUUUAUUGAGUCUAAAGUUAUGCGAGAUUUUAAAGAGAUUUUAGUUGGAUAAAUGACAAAUGUUUUGAGAGUUUGAAGAGAAUGUUGUGCCAGGAGGUGCUAUUUUCACUUUUGUGAUAAAUAUUUAAUUCGUCCCUUCUGUCUUCGUAUUUUUUUUUUUGAGAAUAAAAAAAAUUGUUAAAAAAA